AUGCAAUCAGUCGAUGAAUUUACACCAUCAACAACAGAACCUGUAUUUGGUAGUGGUUUAGUUUCCCAAACGAAAAGUCAAGCAUCAACAAAUAAUGAAAAUAGUGAUAAUGAAAAAAUAACUCUACCGUCAGAAUCUGUUACUAAUGGACCAAAUGAUACAACAAACGAUAAUGAAAAUACUACAAAUAGUACAAUAGAACCUGUUACAGAAAAUAUUGAUGCUGGUGAUUCAGCAGCUGUACAUGUUAAUGAUCAAAAUGAAAAACCAACGAUUGAAACAACUAAUGACGUUAAACCAACUGAAGAAUCAAUUCCGAAUGAAAAACCAGAUCAAGUUGAAUCAACUGUUCCAUCUGCAACUGAACCUGAACCAGUAUUAUCAACACCAGUAUAUAUAGCUAAUGAAGGUUCAUCAACGACUGUUGAUACAACAUCACCUCCUGCUGUUGAAACAACAACAAAUGACAAUGUUCCAAAGGUACCUAAAACCACUGAACCAGAAACAGUAGAACCAAAAAGCAAAUCGCCUCGGGGUAAAACUAAAACAGCUGUUGUAUCAACAACACCAACACGUCAUUCAACACGUGAUAGAAAACCGGCUUCAUCUUCAUCAAUAAAUAUUGAAGAGAAUCAAACAAAUGAUGACACCAGUACAACAACAACAAAUCAAACUGAAUCAACAAAACGUACAAAACGACAAGCAGCUACUAUUGCUAAAGAUGCUAUAACUGCUAGUAAUCAACCAAAUUCAACAUCUGGUAGUAGCAUUGCCGAUGAUGGAAAUGAUCAAGAUAUGAUUCUAUCUGAUGAUGAUGAAGAUGAUGAUGUUACUAGUAACAAAACAAAAAAAUCAUCUCCAACAGGACGUAAGAAACGUGAAGCAUCAACAUUACCAACAAGUGUAACAAAAAAGAUCAAAGGUAAAAAUUCUAUAACGUCAACAAAUAAUAUUGAUAAUGAAGGUAAAAAAGUUCAAACACCAACAAAAAAAGCACGAACAAGCUCACCGAAAAAAACACCUGAACCACCCAGUGAAGAAUAUGUACGAAAAUUGCGACCAAGAAAAUAA